CAGUUUAAAGACUUAAAGCCUUUAAAGCCACUGCUUUCAACUGCAAGCCAUACAAAAACUUCCAGCACUGUGGCAUAAGAAGCCACCCCAGAGGUCAGGAUGAAGCGGGUCUACCUCCUCUUUGCAGCUUGCAUCUACUACUUUUUCACUUUGGCACUUGCUACCCAGAAGGGUUCAGCAAACACUCUCUUACGUAGUUCCUAUCAACUGGGCUUAGACUGUGGAGUACCAGGGAUAAAUGGGGCCCAUGUGUGUUCUGAUCCUUGUGAUAAUUAUACCACACUUGUGGAGGCCUGGAGAAGCUCGACCCAAAGCACUAAUGUGAAGACAUGUGAUGACGAUAAAGAAGGCUGGUAUCGGUUUUCAGGUCCGGGUGGGGUACGGUUACCAGAGAAGUGUGUGCCAGUCAAUAGAUGUGGCACAGAUGCCCCACUGUGGCUGAAUGGGAGCCACCCAUUGAAAGAGGAAGGUAUUGUUAUUCGCACAGCCUGUGCCCACUGGAGCAAUAAUUGCUGCCUUUGGAACACAGUGGUGAAGGUGAAGGCUUGUCCAGGUGGAUUCUAUGUCUACAAGUUAAAUGGAACUCCUGAAUGUGAUCUGGCAUACUGUACAGACCCCAACACGAUUGAUCCAGUUGAGCCAAAAUGUGAUCUCAACUGUUCCCACCAAGAGGAAUGUCGACUUGUCAAUGGUACCUGGGGCUGUCACUGUAGACAAGACCUCAACAUUUCUGAUGUUGCCAACUUGCGCCCUCUACUGAAAUGUGGAACUGAAGAAAUCACAGUGUCUCUGGACAAAUGCCAAGUGGAGAGUUUGGGGUAUACUGGCGAGAUAUUUGCCCACCUCAGAGAUAGGAACUGCAGUGGGUUUUUGGAGAUAGAUGAGAAAAACAAACUGUCAGUGGUGAACCCAGCACGCGUUGGAGCAUGUGGAACAACUCUGGAGAGAAAUGCAACUCAUGCCAUUUAUAAAAACACCCUGACCUUGGCCAACGAGUUCAUCAUCAGAGAAAAAGUUUUCGGCAUUGACUUUCAGUGUGCCUACCCCCUGGAUAUGAAAGUCAGUCUCCAUACAGCCACGAAGCCUAUUGUCAGUGCUCUGAACAUUAGUGCCGCUGGCUCAGGAAAAUUCCUAGUGAGAAUGGCUCUCUUCCAAGACCAGAAUUACACCUCCCCUUAUGAAGGUUCCACUGCUGUAUUAUCUGUUGAAUCCAUACUCUAUGUGGGUGCCAUUUUAUAUCAAGGGGAUACCUCCCAGUUCAAGCUACUGAUGAAGAACUGCUAUGCCACACCCACUAAAGAUCCAACUGACCCCAUAAAGUAUUUCAUCAUUAGGAACAGCUGCCCAAACUUACAUGAUUCAACCAUCAGAGUGGAGGAGAACGGGAUAUCUGCAGAAGGUCGCUUUUCAGUUCAAGUGUUUAUGUUUGCUGGAAAUCAUGACCUUGUCUACCUGCACUGUGAAGUUCAUCUCUGUGGCGGUGCCAAAGAACAAUGUCGUCCAUCUUGCUCUGGAAUUCAACACCGCAGUGAAGUUACUAUCAACACAGCUCAUGUUCUGGAUUUGGGACCUAUUGCCCGGAGAGUAGAUUCCCCAUCUGUCCCUGUCACAAGUGGAGCCACCAGCCCUUUAGGGUUCCUAAUGAUCUGGCCAGGACUGCUGUUGUCUGUCCUUGGGAUUUUUCUGUUCCAUUAAUAUAGCUGGCUAUCAUGUUCUUGGCUAUAGAAAUGGUACCUUCUUCUAUUGAAUGAAGUUUGCUCAUCCUGGACAUCGCCUUUUAACUCUCUGAAGAACAUAGAGGAUAUGGUUUAGUAAUAAUUAUGAAGUACGGACAAGUGUGUAGUAUCUCUCUUUUAAAAAAAAUAAUAGCAGUAGUCAGUGCCUUUAUCUUAUUUCUCUUUCAGAGGAAUAGCUUUCAACUAGGAGCUUUAUAUAUCUAUUCUGACCUGUGCCUCAUUCAGCAGUAUGGAAGAACCUUUUAGGAGAGCCCUCUAGGUGCCUGGCAUGGUAUGAAGAAUCUGUAUGUUAGACCAAGGUUUUAUCUCUACCUAGUCCUGAAUCCAGGAAUGACACAAAGGUCCUAUGAUAUCAGACUUUUUGAUUGGAGCUGCUUGGUCAUGGAUACAGAGAUCUAAGUGUAAAUUAAUGGGACAGUUCCCCAUGAUGCAUCCCCAUCUACCUCACAUUAUGAAAUGACCUGAGGUGUUAAGUGGUGACCUAGGCUAGAGCUAAGGAAGUUAAUUAAUCCCUCCUAUGCCCUCACCACCACUACCCCCAACCUCUGAUUCUGGGUAACAAAAUUAUAGAAUAAUAAGCAGCUACCAAAGUGGAAUCCAGCCUGGUUCUAGGAAAAGCUUUAAUAAACAUUCAUCAAAGCAUGUGA